AUGGCCAAUCCUACUAACAAAGGCAGCUUCGCGCAGCGAAUGGCCUCCAUGAUGACUUCUGUUGAGAAUUGGGACGACGACGCCGACUUCCAGGGCGACCUCUUCACCAACUCCGUCUCCACCGCGCAGACGUCGCAAUCAUCACGCGUCUCCGUGCGCUCCGAGUCCAACAUUGGCGACGACGACUGGCAGGUCCUCAUCACCCCCAACGACGAACUAUCCACCCUCCAUGCCAUCUCAUCGGCCAAGCAAGCCGGCAUCCCCAUCCCGCUGGGGGUGCCCUCCUCCGCGCUGCUCGGCGGAUCCAUCAAGAAGCUGGGCAAGAAGAAGUCGCAGCGCAAAAUCGUCGCCGACGACGACUGGGGCGAUGACCUCGAGCUGCCGAGCUCGGGCUUCGAUACCCUCAAACUGAAGGCACCGCAGUUGCCGCGAACCCCCGCUGAGGAUCAAGAUGAAUUUGACGACUGGGGCGAGGGGAGCCUGGGCAUCCGAUUUGGAGGAACAAAACGGGAUGGCCGCAACCGCGGCUCGUCUGUCUCUGCGAUGAGCCCGAGCAUGGGCAGCUGCAUGACGCUUGAGAGCGAGGAGGACGACAUCACUGGUCUCGUGCUACCCGAGCAGCUGGACUUCAAUGCUCGCUUGAAAAAGCUCAAAGAGGCCGAGCAGCACACGCCCGAUGUCUCUCCCGAGCCAGCUCAUCCCCACAGACGGGAUCAAGCACCAACGUCCGUGCCAGACUUCUCACCGCAUGAUGCGCCGUACUCGUCGCCCUCUCCCGCGGAGCCUAUACAGCCAGCUCAAAAGCCCAAACCCGUCGAGGAGGAAGACUUCUUCGCCGACUUUGACAUUGGUACUGGCGACAUUAUCGACACGAAGAAAGCGACUGUGAAUCGUCACGUUGUUGUUCAGAAGCCGACACCGAAAACCUCUGCGCCUCCUGCUUCUCGCCCUGCGACUACUCUGACAUUCACCGACAAGCCCUCCAUCUCAAGGAUACCGAGGCCCCUCCAAACAUCCGCCAGUCGAUCGAAGCUCACUCCCAUCCAUGAGCAAGGUGCGAACUCGAAGAGCACUACGCGACCCAUGCCGACCACCACUCAUGCCCAGCUGUUACGGGCUAAACGGUCUGCGCCUGUCUUGCGCAACACCUACAACUCUGCGCCAAAGCCCCCUGUGCCCUUUCUUCCGGCUGGUGGGUCAAGCUCACAAUCGCAUCAUGUCAAAUCGAAAUCCUCGCAAACCCACCUUCGUCGGGACUCGGACCCCAAUAACAACACACGGCCUCUAUCGCCAGCAAUGCGAUCAUACUCAAACAAUAGACCUCAAUCCCCAGCCAUACGAUCAUUCUCCCGCAUGUCCGCAACCAACCCUCCGGAAACUCCAAGUCGCGCUGGCAUGCGCCGCGAUCUGGCGCCAGCGGCGUUGCAACGGGAAGCUGCUGCCAAACGUGCUCUUGCGAUGCCCAAGCGACGCCGUGCGUUCGGCGAUGGCAGCGAGCUUGAGGUUUUCGACGACCUGCCUACGUCCGCCGCGAAAGAAAAGAAGUUUGAGAAGGUGCCGAUCGCGCGAGGCCCGGUCAAAUCUCUUAGGCAUCAGCAAAGCAACACUCGGUUGCCCCUUCCCGACCGCAUGCAAACACCAGCACCUCCAGCUACGCCGCGAAGCCCAACGAAGCCAGACAGCACACCACGCUUCGCCCGCGACACAGCAGCAAGUCGUAUAGCACGAGAACAGCGACUUGCGGGGACGAGAUCUCGCCAGGACGGGCCAAUUGCUCCAGUUCAGACGAAUUGGAAAGCUAAGGUAGCAGCAAGCAGCCCUCAUACGAGCCCCUCCGCCCAACGCACGAAAAGAGGCACGGGCCAGAAACCCUUCUUGAUUAAUCCAAUGUCAGCACCUAGAGCCGAAAAUAUGAAAGGCAUGCGUUACAACCCAAUAUUGCAUAGAUGGGAGGGCAACGAAGCCAUUUUAGAUUCCUUUUCACACCCUAAUACUUCGAGCACGACGCUCGGUAAUCUUACCACCGCGAGUACGCCUACCUUCGCACCGCCACAUCAACAGUCGCAUUACUCACACGACCGAUCACAAUCCAUACCACAAAUCUUCCAGUCUCAGCCACAGGGAAGACAUACCCAUACCAGCUCUCGGCCGGCAAACAUAAACCCACCGUCCCCCCCUCGCGCUCCUGCGUUGAUCUCUCACAUAACGGCGGCCCGCGGUGUUCAAGUUGAACGUGGCAUGGUCUUUGACCCACGACAAAUGAAGUGGCUCAAAUUAGGACCCUCAUCCCGUGCCGGAGCCAUGUCGCCUUCUGGAGACGAUGACGACGACCCGUUCGCCGGGUUUGACGACCUCAAAGAUGAAGAAAACAAAGUCACGGUUGGUGCUGGUGGUGCUCCCAGUGUCACGUCCGGCUUCGGAGACAGCAACAAAAUGGAUGACCCUUCAUUCGUAGGCGAAGAGUUUGAUCUCGGCCCUGGCUUCAUCCGUCGACAAAGAGAAGAGGAGGCCGUAUGGCGACGGCGCGUCGAAGGCUGGUUUGAAGGCGUCCGCGAUGACGGCGAAGGCUGGCGAUGGGCGGUUCGCGAUCUCGCCUCCUUAGCCGCAGCAGAGAACCUGCGGAGGUGACGCUGAUGUUGCGAGAGCAUGUUGUGACGAUACGCAGAGAUGGCUUGUGCGGAUGACGUUUGCGAUUUGCAACAAGCGGGCAGGCAGUUCAUCGCGUUUUUCAAAAUCAUCAAACGGAUCCCUUGGUGGGAGACUUUUUGGUGGGGCGUUGUUCACUCUUGGGAUCUCCCUGUUCCAAUAUCUGGGCGCAUUUUUGUACGCUUCGGUUGGAUGAUGACCUCUUCCAUGAUAUGACGGAUUCACGAUAUAUGAAAAUGGGCAUGAGCAUGAGAUAUGAGAUAAUGCCUUGGGAUGGGGCGUUCUUGAUCUAUUAUUACGAAAUGACUUCUUGGUUUGCUGCAUGCUUGCUGCAUUUGGUUUGAUUUGAGGUGGUAAUACUUAUCAGUAUUGCUAUAAUAUCAGCGUAAUCGUAAUAGUCUCAAGGCCUGAACGAGGGGGGU